CCAAUCAUGGCCAUUUAUUUUAACCUAGUUUCCAAAUAACUGGAACAGGAGAGGACUGAAUGUUGAAACUUCAAGUUCAUAUUAUAACUGACCCUCAAACUAAAGGCACGUGCUAGGAAAGCUGAUAUUAAAAAAAAAGAGAAAAAAAACGUAGAGGUCCUCAGUUGGUCAAUCAGCUUUAUUGGAGAGAAGCAGGACCUGCAACAGACUAAGUGCGACUACAAACAUUCCCCAUUUGUCUUGUAUGGCUGUUUAUAAGUAUCGUGGGAUGGGAGUGCAAGUUUGGAAUGAGUCCUGCCUCAGGCUCCUGAGUCAGAGAGACCUGACCAAUUUUAUCCACCUCCUCCUCUCCCCUCUCUCUAUUAUCUUUCUAUGUAGAAUGGCUAUAGAGGCGGAGCGUCUGCUGUUUAUGUACUGUCCGGGGAUUCGUUUCCUCUGGAACUGAUUGAUUUUGAUAGUUCCAUUUAUUCUGGCAACAGGCAGACAGCGGGCGACGACACGCACGUUUACACUUGGAAUUUUUGUAUGUUUACAGAGAAAACUCGCUCCCGGGCUGUGACUGUAGAUCGGUGCAGCCCCUGGUUAAAAAGUCAGGCCAAAAAAAACAACACAUUAUAUAAAACCAUCGGGUGCAGACCACACUGAUCGGGAAAACAAGUGCACGCAGCUAGCUGGCUGGCAGCGAAGGGGAGGGGGAAUGGACGGCGAGGCGACAGAGCUGAAGCAGACGGUGGAGAUGGGCGAAGUGGCUGAGCUGCAGCUCGAGGAGCCCGAGGGCAGCGCCCCCGAGUUACCGUCACAGGCGGCCUCCGCUCCGGGAGCACAGUCCGGCUCCCCCGUGCCUGAAGGCGGCUUCGGCUGGAUCGUGGUUUUCGCCACCACCUGGUGCAACGGCUCCAUUUUCGGCAUCCAGAACUCGUUCGGCAUUCUCUACGUGAUGCUCCUGAAUGAGUUGCAGGCUCUUAGCGACUCGAGCAUCCAGUUUAAAACUGCAUGGGUAGGUGCAGUCUCAAUGGGAAUGAUUUUCUUUUGUUCUCCGGUAGUCAGUAUUUUCACUGACUGGUUUGGAUGCAGGAAGACGGCAAUGGGUGGUGCAGCGAUGGCUUUUAUUGGACUGCUUUCCAGCUCCUUCACAAAGUCCCUGGAACUGAGAUAUUUCACCUAUGGAAUUCUGUUUGGAUGUGGAUCAUCUUUUGCUUUCCAGCCUUCAUUAGUCAUCCUUGGCCAUUACUUUAGAAGUCGGUUAGGCCUUGCAAAUGGUGUGAUGACAGCUGGUAGCAGUCUGUUUUCUGUCACUAUGCCUUUUCUCUUAAAGAAGAUUGGCGACACACUGGGUCUAGCUCAUACACUGCAGAUUCUCAGUGUACUCAUGUUCAUACAGAUAUUUUUAUCCUUGACGUAUAAACCUCUUUUACCUUUGCCCUCUGCUGGAGAAAGAAGUAAGCCUGGCAAAACAGAAGAACUGAAGUGCGUUCACCGAUUUAAGAAAUACCUAAAUCUGAGAGUGUUCAGGAAGGUAACGUACAGGAUUUGGGCCUUCGGGAUCGCCACUGCUGUCUUGGGCUACUUUGUUCCAUAUGUUCACUUGGUGAAUUUUGUGAAAAAGGAGUUCAAUGAAACUGAUAGAAAUUGGAUCCUGCUAGUCUGCAUUGGAGCCUCAUCAGGUAUCGGACGUCUGACCUUUGGGAAGAUUGGUGACUGUAUCCCUGGACCUAAGAAGAUCUUCCUGCAGGUGGCAUCCUUUUGGAUAUUGGGGAUUAUGUCCAUGAUGAUACCACUGUGCAAAGGUUUUGAACAUGUACUUAUUGUCUGUAUUUUCCUGGGAUUCUGUGAUGGCUGUUUCAUCACCAUUAUGGCACCUAUUGCCUUUGAGCUUGUUGGACCUCAAGAUGCAUCACAAGCCAUUGGCUUCCUUCUGGGACUUAUGGCCAUUCCCAUGACUGCAGGACCACCCAUUGCAGGAAUUCUCUAUGAUCACUUUCAUAACUAUCGAAUGGCCUUUUACUUAGCUGGAAUUCCGCCGAUUAUUGGGGGAUCAGUCUUGUUCUUUAUCCCUAUAAUCCACAACCGAAUUCGCAAGAGGCAAGAGAAAGAAGAGCCCGGCACUGACAGGAUGUUGUUAGCUUCUGAAAACGUAUUCAACGGGGACAUGCUUCCCAGCAACUCAAAUGCAGAAGUGUCUGCAUAGACAAUGUCGCCAUGCUGUUCUCUCCUACAUUCCAGUAUGGAUCCUUACCAGCACAAACAGUGAUAGAGGCCUACAGCACAGAAACAGACCCCUUGGUCCAACCACUCCAUGCUCACUGUAAUCUCAAACUAAACUACUCCCACCUGCCUGUGCUUGGCUC